AUAAAAUAAUUCUAUUUUAAUUUAUUUUAUUUCAGGAAUAAGAUCUUUAAGUUUUCAAGAUCAUAUAAUCACAAUUGGAACAGGUAUUGGUGCUAUAAUGUUCUAUGAUACACGAGCUGAAAAAUACUUAGAGUUGUCUAGUAUUAAUACAAGUAGAGCAGUUGUAUUAAGAACAAGUCGAGGUUAUGUUGUGAGUGCUGUCAUUUGUAAACUUAGUAUGCACUUGUUAUCAUUUUAUCAAAUAUUUGAUUUUUAGUGUCCUGAAGACAUUAAUAGGGAAGAUGGUUAUAUGAGAUAUACACCAGCAGUUUAUACACAUUGCUAUGACUACUCAGGAACAAGAUUAUUUUCCGCAGGAGGACCGUUGCCAGCUAAUAUGUCUGGGAAUUACGCUGCUUUAUGGCAAUAGGAUUAUUGCAAUUAAUUUUUUAAAUCUAGUUAGUAGUAUUCUCAUACUAAAUCGACUUUACUUUUUUUUAUUAUUAUUAUUAUUAAUAUUAGCUUUUAGUAAUCAAUUUAUUUAAUUAUAACAGUAUUUUGUGUGACAUUCCGUAGAUCAUUAGAAUUUUAGUGCUUAAUGUUGAGAUAGAUAGAUAGUUAUUGAUAUUAAGUGUGUCUAUAUUAUAAUAUUAAAUAUUCUAUCAAUUAAUUAAAUUAUUUGAAUAUGAGAAAUUGAACUUUUUAAAGUUAUAAUAUUAAGUUGUAGAAGAAAACUAAGAUUAUAUUUUACUGGAUAAAAGUUAUUUAUGUACUUAAGCUAGUAAAAAAAAAAAAAAAAAAAAAAUGUUUUUUUAACUUAUAAUAUUCAUAUAAAGUAAUCUAAAAUAAAAUAAAAUAAUUAUUUAACACGGUAGUUUAAAACAAAAUUAUCCUAUAUCCGGAAUGUAAUGGACUCUUUUUUUUAUUCAUUACUGUAAAAAACGCACUUCCUAUGUUCUAAGAGGGUUACAAAUUUUCGAGAGGAAAAUUUCAUAGUUUUUUUGAGUUUAACUGAAUAAAUUAUAACAUUGUCUAUAAAAAUAUCUUCACUCG